AUGUCGUACUACGAGGGUGGCCAGUAUGGCGAGAAACCGUCGGAGCGGUCGAGAUGGACGCCGUUGCACAGACUAUUGCUUUCGGGAGAGAUGACGCAGGAGAAGCAGAAGGAUCUCACGGCCAGGGAAAACUUUGACAAGUGGAUGAUUAAUGAGGGCUACCGAAGAUUCUUCGUCUUCGUUUUCAUGUUCCUCCACGCUCUCGUCUUCGCGUUUGGAUUCGUCAAUUACGCGGUGAAGGAUAAUCUGCAAGGAGCGAGAGACACAUUUGGUCCGACAUAUAUGAUUGCCAGAUCUGCGGCGCUGGUUCUUCAUCUCGAUGUCGCCUUGGUCCUUCUACCAGUCUGCAGAACAUUCAUCUCGAUGGCCCGACAGACACCGCUCAACGGCAUCAUCCAGUUCGAUAAGAACAUCACGUUUCACAUCACCACAGCGUGGUCCAUCUUCUUCUUCUCGUGGGUCCACACCAUUGCCCAUUGGAACAACUUUGCGCAGAUUGCGGCAAAGAACAACUUGGGCAUCUACGGAUGGCUCGUGGCGAACCUCGUGUCGGGUCCGGGAUGGUCGGGAUACAUCAUGUUGAUCGCACUGACCGGGAUGGUGGUGACGUCCUACGAGAAGCCCCGCCGCGCGAACUACGAGCGAUUCUGGUAUACCCACCACAUGUUCAUCGUGUUCUUCAUGUUCUGGUCCUUCCACGGCGCCUUCUGCAUGAUCCAGCCCGACUUCGCACCGUUCUGUAUCUCAGUGGGCACUUCGGCCAUUGGAGUCUUCUGGCAGUACUGGAUGUACGGUGGGUUCAUCUAUCUGGCUGAACGAAUUGCUCGCGAGGUGCGCGGCCGCCACAAGACAUACGUGUCGAAGGUUAUACAGCACCCCAGCAACGUCUGCGAGAUCCAGAUCAAGAAGGAGAACACCAAGACAAAGGCGGGCCAAUACAUAUUCUUCUGCUGUCCCGAAGUAUCGCUCUGGCAGUAUCAUCCGUUCACCUUGACCAGCGCGCCGGAAGAGGACUAUAUCUCUAUCCACAUGAGAGUGGCUGGUGACUUCACCACUGCUGUGUCGACAGCCCUUGGAUGCGAGUGGAAGAAGAGAGAUGCCAAGGACAGCUCCAAGGUUGUGGGAGUCAACGACAACAACGACGGGGUGGAUCCCGCUCUCCGGAGAGUGCUGCCCCGCGUGUACGUGGACGGCCCCUUCGGAUCAGCCUCCGAAGACGUGUUCAAGUACGAGAUCUCCGUCCUCUGCGGUGCGGGUAUCGGCGUGACGCCCUUCGCCUCCAUCCUGAAGUCGAUCUGGUACCGCAUGAACUACCCGCAGAAGAAGACCCGCCUGGCCAAGGUGUACUUCUUCUGGAUCUGCCGAGACUUCGGCUCGUUCGAGUGGUUCCGGUCGCUGCUCAUGGCCAUCGAGGCCCAGGACGUGGACGGCCGCAUCGAGAUCCACACCUACCUGACGGCCAAGAUCAAGGCCGACGACGCGACCAACAUCAUGAUCAACGACGCCAACGCCGACAAGGACACCAUCACCGGACUGCGGAGCCCGACGAACUUCGGCCGCCCCAACUGGGACAUGAUCUUUAGGGGCAUCAGGAAGCUGCACGCCCCCGCCGAGGCGGGUGUGUUCUUCUGCGGUCCCAAGGGGCUGGGUAGUGCGCUGCACGUCUUCUGUAACAAGUACAGUGAGCCUGGCUUCUCCUUUGUCUGGGGCAAAGAGAACUUCUAG